CCAGCCCAAGCCAAGCACAAGACUUUCUCAGUAUAUGCAUGCAGGAAGGAGACUAUUUGAUGUGUGCAGGUUUUUUUUUUAGAUCAAUACAGUUUUUCACAUAAUUGGCCUUUGGAGUAGAUGUUGAAACUCAGAGGUUUGGCACUUAAAUAAUUUACUUUUGAUUUCUUAAUUCUGGAAGUGGAUGUCAGAACUUCUUCUUGGAGAUUGCAGGUAGGAUGAGCUAUCUCUGGUUCAUACUGCUCUGCAGUUUGGCUGGCUCAACACUCUGUCUCGUGGACCAAGCAUCACGACCCAUUCAGGUACAACUGGAGAACAAUCCAGAACAUCCGAGGCUUCAUUCUAGAAAAUAUUGUGACCCUACAUACAACAACCACACUGGAGGGGAUAUACAGGACUGUGGCCCUGGACAGUACAGGGUGAGAUGGGGACCAUACAGAGGGCAGUGUGUCCCCUGUAAUUGCAAUGGCCUCUCCCAUGAGUGUGACCGAGACACAGGGAAAUGCUUGAAUUGCCAGUUAAACACAGUUGGGGAUCACUGUGAGCGCUGUGCCGAGGGACACUAUGGCAGCGCUAUUCUCAGGACCUGUCGACUGUGUCCAUGUCCCUUCUCACAUCUGUCUCACAGUUUUGCCAUUGGUUGUCUGCAUGUUGAAGGUCACGUUGAAUGCCUCUGCAAAGCUGGUUAUUCUGGAACCCGCUGUGAAAGGUGUGCCAUUGGUUAUUACGGUGACCCGCUAGCAGAUGGAGGGAGUUGUCAACUCUGUGACUGUCAUCAUGGAUACAUCUGUGACCCCAUUACAGGCAAAUGUGAAUCUCCAGAUAAGCCAAAUACUGAUAAUGACUGCCAAGAGUGUGAUAGUUGCUUUCAGACAUUAAUGGAUGCUUUAGAGGCGAUGGAUGAUGAGCUCUCCAUCCUCAAGGACCAACUCAAGUUUCAGAGAAACAUCUCCAUAAGUCUUACCGCUCUGAGAAAACUAGAAGAUGACAUUAUUGCUACAAAGGAACUAGUAAAGAAUUACAGAGUAUCUGUUGAAGUGCUAAAGCAGAAGGUGAACGAACUUGAGACAGACAUGGGUGGUGUCAGAAAAGACAAGAUGAAGCUUAAGAUUAAGGCAGAUCAAACAUCUUUAACCAUUAAGGACUUAUUAAAGGAUUUGAACAAAACACACCAAAAGGGACAAAACCUGCUCACUAAUACUGGCAAACUUUUGAAAAGAAUAAAAGAUUUCCUGGAACAACUGAGGAUUUCAAAUAGUAUCGACUCCACUCUGUCCAGCAAGGAGCUGGCUGGCAUGCUGGGGGAGGCGCAACGGAUGGUGGAGCAUAUGCAAAAGCAAAAUUGUAAGGUGCAGAGGAGGCUGGCUGAGAAUGAGCUCUCAGAAACACAAAAACUCUUAGACUACAUCAUGAACAAUCUGACUAAUCAUCUGGAAAGUACCCAAGCUAAUGUUGAACGAAUAGCUCAAGACCUAAUGUCCUGGAACACUGGCCUUAAAGAGCUAGAGGAAGCACUGAAACAGGGAGAAAAAGCUGUAAACAAAACAAUUCUCAUGAAUGUUGGUAAUGAAGACGUUCUGUCUGAUAUUAUGGAUCAUCGGAUGAUGUUUCAGAUCAAGCAGGAUGACAUCUUGUCUGAUCUGUCAAUGAUUAGAGGAAUACUGAGCGACACAGAGGAUCUUCAGAACAUGAUGAACAAUCUAAAAAAUGACUAUGCAAAUCUUGCAGCUGAAGUGGAUGGGGCAAAUUCACAGUUGAACCAGAGACUUGAUGAGCUUUCUAAAGCCACAGCCAUGGACAUUAUUGUCAGAAAGGCAGAGGAGCAUGCACAGGAGCUCAUGGAUCUUGCAAUGCAUUUUCAAAUGUCUCUUUUAAAUUUCACCAACACUUCAACUAUUCAUAAAACAAUAGAUAUGAUCAAUGCUUCUGGAGACAUAAUUAACGCUAUCAAAGAAGCUGACGCAGCAGCUAAUAAAGCCAACAAAGCUGCAGAUCAUGCCUUAGCGGAUGUGAAAGCACGAGACCUAACAAAAAAGGCAGAAGAACUAAAGAAUUCUGCAAACAGCCUAGAUGACAAAGCUAAGGAAGCAGAAAAUAAUCUGAAAGUGGCUGCUGAAAAGUAUGAUACCAUAAAAGAACACCUGGACAAGGCAAAGGGCAAAAAAAUGGAUAUGCAAAAAGAUAUCCAAACUCUCAAGGAUGAUCUAAACAUAAUCAACCGAGAUCAUAUUGGUGCCCUUCUGAAACAAGCUAAGGAUGCUGUCCAGGCUGCCAACAAAACAGUCAACAAUGAUACAGCACGUUUAAGCUCCAUUAGUAAGGAGCUGGACAAGAUCAAAAUACCCAGCGGUGACUCAAACGUGGACAACAUACUCAACAGCAUCAACAAAACAUUGGCUGAACUGAACAAAUUCUUCCCCAACCUGACUGAUACUCUUGCUGAAGUGGAGAAUCAGAGCAGCCGGCUGCCCAGCAGAGCCAACAUGUCUGAUAGCAUUAUGAAAAUCAAAGACAUGAUUGAGAGAACCAGAGAACUAGCCAAUACAAUUAGGGGACCCAUCUUAUUCUCUGGUGAAAGCCACAUAGAGCUGCGUCCUCCUAAAAACCUGGUUGAUCUACGAGCAUUCACUGCCAUGGACCUGAUGCUCCAUCGGCCCAAAAAAGAGCCCCCUGGUCGUGAAGGCAGGCGCAGUCGACGCCAAAGUGGAGAGGAAGAAAAUCUGUUUGUCCUGUACCUGGGAAACAAGAAUAUAAAGAGAGACUUUAUUGGAAUGGUAGUCAUGGAUGGUAUCCUAUAUUGUGUGUACAAACUGGGGGGCAUAACUUACAAAAUGAAGACCCAAACAAUUACCCAGUCCAGCAUUGACAGCUCCUUUAUGGACAGAGUGGAGUUCAGCAGAAUUUACCAAGAUGCAGAAGUCAUCUUUACCCAGCAUUACACCUCAGCUGUACCCAAGAAGCUGCCAAAAAUCAUAAAUCAACCUAAUACAACUGUAAACUUGCUGGACCUGGACAGUGAUGAGGUUGUUUUCUAUGUGGGAGGCUAUCCAGAUGACUUCACUCCACCACUGGAGCUCCAGUAUCCCAAAUUUAAGGGAUGCAUUGAGUUUAAUACAUUAAAUGAACACAUCCUCAGCCUAUACAACUUCCAGCAUGCUGUCAACAUUAAAAAUACAGACCGAUGUCUAAGAGGUGAGACCCGAGACGUGAAAAAAUACUUUGACGGUACAGGCUAUGGCAAGAUCGAUGUGGUCAGCAGUAAAUCCAUCAAGUUCUUUGUUCUAAGUCGACAAGAGAAUGCCUUGCUGUUUUUUAUGGGGAAUGAGGACUCUCACUUCACUAUUACUGUUGAAAGAGGCUAUGUUGUUUUGCGGAGUACAGGGAAUAACCAAACGCAAAUUCGGAGUGACAAAAAAGUUUUUCCUGUGGCCUAUUUCCAGAACAUUAAAAUCCUCCAGUCACCCGGCAAAACUGAGAUGAAAGUUGUCAGGUUUUCGGUCAAUAUUAGGAUCAACUACAAGGCCUAUACACAAGCAUUUAUAGGAGGAAUCCCAGCAGCAAUCGCAGAGAGACUAAAUAUUAACCACCCAGCGUUUAGAGGAUGUCUUAACAGGCUUGAGAUGGACAUUGCCAUCAAAUUUUCAGAAGCAAUUGGAAUUCAUCCUGGUUGUCCACUAUCUUUACUGGGUAUACAUGAAGUUACUUUGGAAACGGGAAGCUCUCUUGCUCUUAACAUUACAUUGCCAAAUUUGACCACAGUGGUUUCACUGGGCUUCAAAUCCACACAGAGCAGCGGUGUUUUAUUGCACACUGGGGACUCGGACAGUGGAUUUGAACUGUCUCUUGUUGAUGGACAUGUUGAGAUGAAAGACAGUACAACCAAUUUAAAGUCCAAAAACAGAUACGAUGAGGGAAGAUGGCACUAUGUGACGGCUUUUAGAAACAGCACGGGGAUGGAGCUAAAUGUUGACAAUUCAGACAGAGGAGACGUGCAGACAAUGUCCAAAGGCUCUAUAGUCCAAGACACUGUUGUGAUUUUAGGAAAAGACACUUUCAGAGGCUGCCUGAGGAACUUUUACAUGAGGAGAAUGGAAAACAAAUACAUCCCAAUUGAUCUGAGCAAUUUCACUCAGACAGGAGUCUUGUCUUUUGAGUUGUGUAACACUCAGCAGCAGCCUCAGUCCAUCAUUGCAAGACGCGGUUUAAAACUAAUUCAAUCCAAUAUCAGAAAGAAAGACUGUAGCAAGCCAGUCAGUCACAUCCUGGCCUACCAUCUCAGCACACGUAGUCAGCUGCAAUACAUCAUAACUCCAGAAGACCUUAAUUACAGGCCUCAUAUUUUCCUGGACAUGCGGACGAGGUCAGCUGAUGGAUUGCUGCUCCACAUCACAGAUAAGCAAGGUUUUGCUCGUGUCAUCCUGUUCUUGAAAGGUGGCAGAGUCAAUCUGUUUGUCGGCAAUGGAAGAUUGAUUUACUAUCAGAAGAAGAUUAAUAAUGGUGCCUGGCACAAUAUCAGGUUUAGUGUUGAGCAGCACGUCACGCACAUGGUGGUGGAUGGUUUUCGGGUGCCGGAUGGACAGUUGCAGAAGGAUGAAGGGAUCUCAAUGGAGCUUCAGCCUCCUGUUUAUUUUGGAGCUGGAAAGAUUCAAUCAAGCAGUGACACUCAGGGCAUACGUUUCUCUAAGAAGAGUAUCAUAGGAUGUAUCCGCAACGUCAGGUUUAACAAUGUCCUUAUUGGAGAGCCAGCUGUUAAUCAUGGAGGAGCUCCCUGUUUUGAUGGGGCAGUUGAGGAAGGGGCAUACUUCACUGGUGGUGGCUCUCACAUGAUUUUAGAGAAACACUUCAUGUUGGGUGCUGAGUUCGAUUUAACUUUUGAAGUUCGUCCCAGAAACAUGACUGGUUUACUUUUCCACUGCAGAGGUCACCAAGAUCACAGCCUCAGUGUUUUCCUGAAGAAAGGCACAAUGGUGGUCCAGAUGAAUGAUGGUGCAGGAGACUACAGCACCUCUGUGACCUCACCACUGCCGCUCUGUGCGAAAUCCUUCCAUCAUGUGACAGUGACCAAAAAAGGAAACUUUAUCAAGCUAAAGAUGGGACAAAAUUCCAACAGUGCUUUUGGGCCUCAUGUUCAUCCCCCCUCCAAGACUCAUCAUACACUUUACAUUGGAGGCAUACCAGAGACCAAGCGGAAGAGAGUACCCGUGUUGAGCUCCUACAUGGGAUGUUUGAGAAAUGUGCAAAUAAACCAGGUUGCUCUUUCAUUUCAGUCUGUUAGCAGUGUGUUCGGUUCCGUCAACGUCAAUCAGUGUCCGGCAGAGUAGUAUAAAGCCUGUUUAGAUUAGUAAUGUAUAUCCUAUUCAAUUUUUAUAAUUAUUUGAUUAUGUCUAAGUCCAAUUAAAUUCCUUAUGAGGAACUAGACUUAAAAGGCAGUACUAAGUGUAUUGAAACUAUGUGCAAUUGUGAUUAUUUUAUGAAUAAGAAUCCUGGCAUGGGGACAUGUUUUCAGCAGUUCCACAAUUAGUUUCAUAGUAAAAGCAAAAGUAUGAAUAAAGAUUUUUUUUUUUUAAGUA